UAUAAAUGCUAGAUGGCACAAAAAACCGAAUUAAUCAAAAUUAAUUCAUCAUCAUGUUCAGAGGUCUAGUUCUGAUCUGCUUGUUCGGCUACUGCUUGGCGGCGUGUGAUUAUACUCUGACAAUUACAAAUUACAAGAAGUGUGACAAAAAAGAAGGAAUCACUGUGGAUAAAGUAACCGCUAAACUGAAUGACAAGUGUAAUCUUCAGUUCACAGGCUGUGCAAAAUUAACUAAACCAUUCAAAUCAAUAGAUAUCAAGUAUAAAGGGAUUAAAAACGGUAUCCCUGUAAUAACUGGAACCAAAAAAGGAUGCGGAUUUAAAUAUGACGAUUUUGAAGUCAAGUGCCCUAUAAAAUCACCUACAGAAUAUUGCGCAAAACCGAACUGGGAAUUUGAAAUACCAAAAGAAGGGCUGGGAAUGGCAGUAGGCAAGCUGAAAGGAACUGUUGAUGUCGUAACAGAUGGGAAAGAACACUUUUGUUUCGAAGGAAAUGGAGAGAUUAAGAAAAAGUAAUCACCAAGUAAUGGAUAUUUUAAAAAAAGUGUGUCAUCUCCAAUACAUAAUAAAAAUGUAUGUGUGUUUUCUACAA